AUGGCAAGCUUUACAGUCUCUGGGUGGCCAAGUGAGCUUCCGUAUGACUCUCAGAGCUACGAAAUUCCAGAUACAAAGGCACCCGGUCAGACAGCGCAUUACCGAAACUCUUUGAACAACAAACUACCAAUUCCACGAGGAAAUCCAGCGCAGAGUGUCGCGACAACAUACGAAUGCUUCGAGACCUAUACUGUCCGGAAAUGUGGAAGCCCCUCAACUCUCAAGUUUGAGCAAGAAUAUCGCUGGGAAACGUACGAGCAGGUCGCCCAGCGUCGGUUGCAUAUUGGGAGUGCAAUACAAUCCAUGUUCAACGACGGUGUAAUUGGAGGUGGAGAUCUUCAAACUGUUGGAACAUGGACGAUCAACCGACCAGAAUGGCAAUUGGUGGAUCUCGCUCUGUCUGCAUACAACAAAGUAGGUGUCGCUCUGUACAGCACACUUGGUCGGAACGCCGUUGAGUACAUAAUCAACCACUCGGAGAUUACCAUUGUCUUUGUCGCCGCCCGGAAUAUGGAGUCCCUCAUCGCAUUGGCUCCAAAGUGCCCCAAACUACGGAUCGUAGUCUCGUUGGACAAGCUUAGCAUGGAAACAGAGCAACGUGCAAUCCAAGUGCUCAAGGAGCAUGGAAUGCGCUUCAUGAAUCUAUCAGAAUUAGAGGAUGCCGGCAAGUCCAACCCACUUCCACCCACUCCACCAAACCCAGAGGACAUUGCCACGAUAUGUUACUCGUCUGGAACGACCGCUAAUCCAAAGGGUGUCGUCCUCACGCACUGGAAUUUGACUUCCUCGGCAAUCGCAUUCAGUCAAGGUUUUACUUUUCGCUCAGCAGAUCCCAACGUGGCUCUUAUUUCCUACCUUCCUCUUGCUCAUAUCGUCGGGCGCGUUAUCGAGUAUACUGGAUUCCUCUUGGGAUGCCGGAUCGGCUACUACACUGGAGAUCCACUAGCACUCAUCCAGGAUUGUCAGAUUCUCAAACCGAGCAUCUUCCCCGCCGUCCCGAGAAUACUCAAUCGGAUUGCCAUGCGGUUACAAUCAGUCAAGGCGGAGAGUAGUAUCAAAGGCGCUCUCCUUAGAUGGGCACUUGGGACAAAGAUUGCGAGAAUACAACAGGAUGGAUACGUACAUCACUGGUUCUGGGAUUUCCUCAUAUUCAACAAGCUGAAGGCGGUUCUUGGAGGAAAUGUUGAGUAUAUUUGCUCUGGAGCCGCCCCAUGCGUUCCAGAUGUUCUCUACAUGCUACGUGCAGGAUUUGGAUGUGAAGUUUGGGAAGGAUGGGGUCUCACGGAAACUUGUGGGGCCGGUGCUCGCUCCUUUCCACGAGAUCCAUCGGCUGCUGGCACCGUUGGAAGCGUCAGUAGUAGUGUAGAGGUCAAACUCGUUGACGUUCCCGAUCUCGGAUACAGCGCAGAGGACAGGCCGAAUCCACGUGGAGAGCUCUGCGUUCGAGGUCCAAGCGUGUUCAAGGAGUACUACAAGGAACCUGAACUCACCAAACAAGCCAAGGAUGCCGAUGGAUGGUUCCAUACAGGCGAUGUUGGUGAAAUCGAUUCUCAGAAGCGAAUUAAAGUCAUAGACCGUGUCAAGAACGUCUUGAAGCUCUCCCAGGGAGAAUACGUCGCGCUUGAUAAAGUAGAAAACGGAUAUGCAACGUGCUCUAUUCUCGCUCAGCUCUUUGUCUACGGAGACUCGAAGAAGAAUCACCUUGUCGGGCUUGCGGUACCAGAACUCCCAGAAUUUGUCAAGCUGGUCAACAGGGUUCAAGGAAAGAAUAUCAAACAAGACAAUAUGGCAGAACUGGAACAAGCCGCCGAAGAUCCCGCCGUCAAAACGGAGAUUGCGCGGCUGAUGGACGCAUCGGCCAAAGAAGCGGGUCUCCAAGGGUUUGAAAAGGUGAAGACUUUCAAGGUGAUACUCGAACCAUUUAGCACAGAAAAUGGCGGCAUGACGCCCACCUUCAAAUUACGAAGGAAGGAAAUCGAAACUCGGUACAAGAGCACUCUCGAAGCGCUCUACGAAGAAUCUUCCUGA